GGACAACUCGUAUUGUGUCACACUGGCUGAGAAACAUUUUUUUUCUUACAGGUUGGGGUGGCUUCCAAGAGUUUCUUCAAUUCUACAGUCUGAAGUUUUAACUCUUCCAAAAGGAAAAAAAAAAAAAAAAAAAAAAAGACGCUGUUGUUUGAAAAUGUAUGGAAACACUGGCCCCUUCUCCUAUUCCCCAAGGGGUUUUUUGCAGGACGACCUCCCGCAGCAGAGGCGGCCUUUCCAACAAGAUGACCUGAAGGGUGCUCCACUGCAGAGAAACGGCAUGUCCAGACCCAGUGGAAAAUCCAUAUACAAUCAGAGAAAAGAGUACUCUGAGUCGCUGAACAGAGAUCCUGACAACUUUCAUGUCAGAGUGGAGCACCUGUUCACCUUUGAGCUGGACGGCCAAGCGGUGAAGACAGUUGACGACUGUGUGGCCAAGCUCAAGAGGCUGGAUACCAAAGGUCGUCUGUGGCCCCAGGAGAUGAUCAUGGAGAUUCAGAGAGGAUAUCUACUGCUCAAUGACAUUGAGACCAAGACAGAGCUGGAGGCGCUGCCUUUGAGUAGCAUCACGAAAACCAAAGCUGUGUUGGACAGCUGCGCCUACAACUCUCUGCUGACAAUAACUGUGCAAGACCGCAGCAAACACGCCCCUCAGGUCUUCAUGUUCCAGUGUGAGGAGACUGGGGCGGAGCUCAUCAAGGGUGAUCUGGAUAAAGUAACCCAGAGAGGAGGUGGUGAUGUGGAACCACGUAGAAACCAGCCUGACAUCUGGAAAAAUCUUGAAAAUAUUGUUGGGCAACAAGCUCCAGGAAAUUUGCGGCAGCCUGCGCCUCGUCCUGUGCAGCGAGAGAUGACCCCGCCACCACCAGAUCACCCACCCCCACAGUGGGGCAACAAAGAACCAGAGAGUGUUCCUCCCCCACGGAGCUACACGCCACAGGAAGAAAUGGUGCACCAUCCUGAUCUUCGUGAAUUACAGCGUAGCCCAGAGGUCUCUCCUGAGCAAACAGACACAGAGAGGAACACGGAGAUUUUAAACCAUGUUCUAAAUGAUUUGGAGAUCUUCAUGGACAAAGUGUCUGCUGCAGCAAAUGCACCUUCACCGCAAAAGAACAAGAGCAAUAAGAAAAUUGUGUUUAAGAAGAAAAAAACAAAGAAAAAUGAACCAGCUCACAGUCUGCCGCCUUGGGAGGAAUACAUCUCCUGUCUUCAGAAAAUCAAAUAUGGAUUCAAUCUGUUGGGCCAGCUGGACGGCUCACUGGCCAACCCCAGUGCUCAGGACUAUGUCCACAUCUUCUUCAGUAUUUUAGGCAUGAUUGUGCCUCAGUAUCCUGUGGACCUGCCUCCCACUGUGCUCUCUCCCCUGCUGACAGAGGCGGCCCUGCGGCUGCUCAGUCAGGUUGUCAGCACAGAGGAGGACCAGCUAUGGAGGUCUCUGGGAGACUCCUGGAAUGUCCCCAGGUCUAGAUGGCAGGACAGUGAUGUCCGACCUUACAUCCCUAAAUUCUACGAUGGCUGGCAGCCACCUCCCCCCUCACGCAUCCCCUCCCCACUCCCUUCUAACAACAGUCCAGUGAGCAACAGCCAGCACUUCCCACCUGGCCGACCUAAUGGACAAAUAAAUGAGAGCCAGAGCUACUCAUCCAGGGCAAUGCAAUUGCAGCCUGAAGAGCCUGUGACCAACACUUCAUGGCGUUCACCAACACAGUCCAGCAAGGCGCCCCUGUACAUGCGGGCCAUGUACAACUUCAUGGCCAGAAACAGCCAAGAGCUGAGUAUUAUGAAGGGUGAUGUGGUUCAGGUGAUUCAAAAAUCCAAGCAAUGGUGGCUUGUUCGUAAUUCCCGCAAUGAGGAAGGUAACAUUCCUCAGAAUGUUUUGGAGCCAGUGAAGAGCACCGGGCCCAUGGAAGAUCUACCGCGGGAGACUCGUGGCCCAGUCACUCUAGACAUGUCCUCCACACCUGCAGAGGUGAAAGCCUGGCUGCAGUACAAAGGUUUCUCCAAAAUCACUGUGACCAGCCUCGGGGUGCUGACAGGUGAACUCCUUCUGGGGAUGGCCAAGGACGAGAUAAGGACGGUGUGUCCAGAGGAAGGUGGCAAGGUCUUCUUCCAGCUUCAGGCCAUUAAAUCAGCCAUUGCACUUGCCAGUGAACCAUCAGGCCUGUACAACGGCCGCUACUAACAACAUGCCUCACUGCUCCCUCAGUUUCUUUUUCAACAUCUGGAAUUAAUGGGGUCAAAAUUCAUCCCUUUACAUCAGAAAUUAUCUUGUGUGGAUGGCAACUUUCAGCAUGAAUGAAACCGCAUCAAAUACUGCAUCGUCAUUCAAGUGAAAGUGCUUUUAGCGAAUAAAACUUGUGUAUGACUAGCAACAUUUUAAUUAACUGUAAUUUCUUGUACUUCUAGUCAUUUCAAAUAAACUGUGUAUAGUUUUCCUGAUCAUAAAAAUCAAAUGUAUGUAGACAUUUAAAACACCAUUCUUCUCUUAAUAACUUUGGUGAGCCAUGUUUUGUGUGUUUAGUAUAUACAUCUAAAAUACAUUACAUUAUCUUCAGCUGCAUUAACUUAUACUCAUGUUAUAUUUUAUUUUAAUUAAUGUUUCUUAAGAUGUAAUUUAUUGUACAGGAAGUAAAGUUGAAAUUCAGACAGAAACAGUCAAUACAAGAUUUACUUUAAUCAGUCAAAACAAUUUA